AUGUUAAUCAAAAGGUUUUCUACUAUAAUGACACUGAAUAUGAAAAAAGACACGGGAAUGAUGUGCAUAGCAACCAACAACACUACUAACAGCAUCACUGACUUGUCUGAAUCUAUCGAACAACUAUCUUUGUCAAAAAAUGCAAUAACAUCAAGUUUAGAUCUUAAUUCUGCCGGGGAUCGUCCUAAUAAAAAUAUUAAAGUUAUCAAGCCAAUUGAGAUAAGUCCAAAUACGGGUGAAGUUUUGGUUCGUAAAUCCACUGGUAAAACAAAACUUAGAAAAGGUCAAUCACAGGUAGAUUAUUUAAAACAAAAGCACAAGUAUCUUGAAAUAGAUGGUGGUCCAACGGUAAAGGAAGAAAAUUACCUAUUAAACAGCACAUUUGAAUUAGUCCAUUUAGUAACAUCACUAGAACCGGCCCUAGCUAAAGAAGGUGUUGUUGACACCCAAGAAAAAUGUGAUUUACUAGUUAAAACAUUUAGUGAUAAACAACAAAGAGCUCUUCUAAAUUAUUUAUGCAACAGCUUCUAUUAUCAAAAAAAAUAUUCUGAUUGUUAUAGUUUGGCUUCAAAACUAGUAAAAAGUUAUCAUGCGAUUGAUACUAAAAAUAGGCUUAAAAAGGAAAUAGAAGAACUAGAAAGGCUAUGCACUCGUGCUAAGGACAAAGCACGAGGAAAUGCGCCAAAUGCUCACGAUUAA